UCGGCCCCACAGCUCCUCUCUGAUUGGUCGAUGUUCGAACUCUCCAUUCACACCCUCCUGGUUUCACUCCGGAUCUUUCCUGAGAGAGUCCAGACUCCAGAACCUGCAGGAUCCCGUCAGACCACAAGCUCCGACAUGGCCAGCUGUUCAGGAUGUGGACCAGGAUACCGCAGCCCACUGGACGCCAUGAAGGGUCCUCGGGAGCAGAUCGUCUACCUGCCCUGUAUCUACCGCAGCACUGACGUCCUCAAACCAGACUACCUGGCUACUGUGGACGUGGACCCAGAGUCCACCACCUUCUGUCAGGUGAUCCACCGGCUGCCGAUGCCUAACCUCAAGGACGAGCUGCACCACUCGGGGUGGAACGCCUGCAGCAGCUGCUUCGGAGAUGCCACCAAGAGCCGGAACCGUCUGAUCCUGCCGUCGCUCAUCUCCUCCAGGAUCUACGUUGUCGACGUAGGGACGGAUCCCAGAGCGCCGCGGUUACACAAGAUGGUCGAACCUGUGGAUCUGUACUGGAAGUGUAACCUGGCGAACCCUCACACUUCUCACUGUCUGGCCAACGGUCAGAUCAUGAUCAGCUGCUUGGGAGACCCGUCCGGCGACGGCAAGGGUGGUUUCGUUCUGCUGGACGGUGAGACAUUUGAGGUGGUCGGUAAUUGGGAGCACCCGGGCGAGGCAGCACCCUUUGGGUACGACUUCUGGUACCAGCCUCGACACAAUGUGAUGAUCAGCACCGAAUGGGGGGCACCCAAAGCUCUGGCUGGUGGUUUUAAUCCUGCCCAUGUCAAGGAGGGUCAGUAUGGCAGCUCCCUCCAUGUCUGGGACUGGACCACCCACAGGAAGCUGCAGACGCUCGAUCUGGGCGAAGAGGGUGCUAUUCCUCUUGAGGUUAGAUUCCUCCAUGACCCCGACGCCACAGAGGGCUACGUGGGAUGUGCUCUGCAAUCGAAUGUCUUCAGAUUCUUCAAAACACCAGAUGGAGAGUGGAGCUCAGAGAAAGUGAUCAGUGUCCCCAGUAAGAAGGUGGAGGGAUGGGCACUGCCUGAGAUGCCUGGUCUGAUCACUGACAUCCUGAUCUCACUGGACGACCGUUUCCUCUACUUCAGUAAUUGGCUGCACGGUGACAUCAGACAGUAUGACAUCACAGACAGGAAGAACCCUCGAUUGGUCGGCCAGGUGUUUCUGGGAGGAAGUAUCGUCAGUGAUGGACCAGUGAGAGUCCUGGACCCCGAGAACCCUCAGCCCCGCCCCCUGGUCAUCAAGGGGCGGCGUGUCAGUGGAGGUCCUCAGAUGUUACAGUUGAGUUUGGACGGACGAAGACUUUAUGUGACGACGUCGUUGUUCAGCAAUUGGGACAAACAGUUCUACCCAGACAUGAUCAAAGAGGGCUCGGUGAUGAUGCAGAUCCACGUGAACUCAGUGAGCGGAGGUUUGACCCUCAACAACAACUUCCUGGUGGAUUUCGGUAAAGAACCCGACGGUCCAGUUCUGGCCCACGAGCUGAGGUAUCCAGGAGGAGACUGUACGUCGGACAUCUGGGUGUGAUGUCGUCACAUCCGCCUGUGUAUGAACACACACAGUGUGAGGGGUGGAGGUGUAUGAACAGACACAGGGUAAGGGGUGGAGGUGUAUGAACAGACACAGGGUGAGGGGUGGAGGUGUAUGAACACAUACUGAACACACAGGGCGAGGGGUGCAGGUGUAUGAACAGACACAGGGUGAGGGGUGGAGGUGUAUGAACACAUACUGAACACACAGGGCGAGGGGUGCAGGUGUAUGAACAGACACAGGGUGAGGGGUGGAGGUGUAUGAACACAUACUGAACACACAGGGUGAGGGGUGGAGUUGUACGGACACACCCAGGGUGAGGGGUGGAGGUGUAUGAAGACAUACAGGGUGAGGGUUUCAGGUGAGUCUAUACAGAGGUCAUCAGUGAGGUUCCAGAAGUGAAAAUCCCAUGUCCAUAUUCUCCAUUGACAUUUUGUCGACUCACCACGAGGUGAGGUUGUGAAACGAUGGAACAUGAACCUGUAGAUGUCACAAGUCCGUAUGAAAUCAACCUUGUCUUAAGAAAAACAUGUUUUGUUCACAAUGUCACUGUGAAAUACUACACUACCCACAAUCCUACAGUGUAACAUCCACGUCUCUGAUUGGUGGAAACUCUUACUACACCCGCCAACUUCAUGUGGGUCGAGUGAUGCUGUGUUCCAUUGUACUCGGGCGUCGGGGGGCGUUCCAUUAAACCUCAGAAGAAUAUUCAGAAAUCAGAGGGUCAGAGGAACCACCAACCCCGACUUCGGAACUCUGAGUUCCGAGAUGUAAGUGAACGCAGCAUGAGUUACCGGUUCCUGCUGCUGCCACUGAACUCUACGGUGGUUAUACACUUUAUACGCUCUCAACACACUAGACUCUGAUCAAUUAUAUAAACUCUACAGUGAUGAUGGCGAUGAUGAUGAAGGUUAAAAUCAAGGAGAAGAUCAACUGUGGUUGAAAGUCGUUCACAAUGCAUUAUGGGAUGAGUAGUUCUCUUCGCAGUCUUGUACCUUUGACUUUUCUUCUAUUUACCAAUAAUUUUUUGCUCCAAAUAAACAAAAUGUUUUAUGGUGAAGACUCAUCUCGUACUUGAUCGUCUUGGUUCACGAUUAAAACCCUUUUGUAUAAAGAUUAUAUCAAACGUCAAUGGAGAAAUUCACUUCUGGAACUCCAGCUGUUCAAAAAGUGGGCGGGAUCACGGUUGCGCUCUUUAGCCCAGUUCUCUCUCUCCAUCCUACUCCAGCAGCUGUUUGUUUGUUCAUCUGUGAUAUUAUUUUCAAAUAAACUGAAUCAGAAAACCUUC